AUGGCUGCCUUCAAGCGCACGGCCAUCAUGGUCGCCGUGGCUGGCCUCGCCGCCACUGUUUCUGCCCUCAAGUUCCCCAAGGAAAACAUCAUCCUCUGCGACUGCGGAAUCGGCGACAACAAGGAGCAUCCUGACUGGUCCACCUCUCGCCAGAUGAACUGGUACCAGGAGAUUUCUUGGCCUCCAAUCGCCUACUCGUACCCCGAGGCUCCAGACAUGGCCGUCCAGGUCCCCUUCAAGGAUGGCAUCUAUCCCUGGGUCCCCACGGGCGCCACUGCCACCAUGCCCAACGGCAAUGUCUGGUCAGCCUACAUCGAGGACGGCACCCCGGACGGCUUCAAGGCCGGAAGUGCCGUCACCACCAAGGAAGGCGGCCAGAUGCUCAACUGCUGGGCCUAUCGCGGUCGCCCUGUUAGUGCCGCCAUCAACAAGACUGUCAACCACGACGCCGUCUGCUGGAGUGCUUUUGUCUGCAACCGCGACAAUCAUCCCCCUCCUCGCCCCAAGGACAUGGGCUCGCAGACGUCGUCUCUGACCACAGCAUCCGCUGCUCCAACCACGUCCUACUUCUCCCAAAUUCCUGCCACCCCUAUCCCCUUUACGUCCCCUGGCAAGCCUGCCCCGACGGCCUCGCCCCAGGCCGGAACCCUUUCUGUCUCUGCCACCGUCAGCCCGCGCUUCAUCAACUGGCCCGAUUCUUGGCAGGCCUUCAUCAACCACUUUGUUUGGGACAAGAGCACGGGCAAAUGUGUGGGAGGCCCCAUUCAGGGCGUUGGGUUCACCAUCGCCGUGGACUGUGCCGGAAUCCAGGUCGACGAGGACACCCACAUGACGCUGCUCUUGAUCAAGGCGCUGCGCGACGUCGGCCUCAACAGCCUCUGGUUCAACCAGAACCCCACCAUCCCUAGCAACAACGGUACCACCCCUGCGAGCCAGAGCUGGGUCGUCAUGCCUGAGGUUUUCACCCUGCAUGCUACUGAUGCUGCCACGGGCAAAGUUGUCGGCCAUCUGUCGUACAAGACUCACUAUGACGGCUUUCUCUCGGGCCCUUGCUCGACGUGCGAGACCGCUCGGUUCAACAGCCUCUUCUUCAACCCAAUCAUCGCUGCCGUCCAGAGCAGCUACCCCAUCUACUACAACUUCACCGUUGAGGCCCGUUGCGACCCCUGGAUGGUCUGCUUCUGA